AUGGUCAGCUGCCGGCACUCGCUACCUGCUGGCUUGGCUCAGGCAGCAUUGCCCCCACACAGGAGGUCAACCAGACAGGGCAGGUCCUGGUGGGACACCGUGGUGGGCAUCACAGUGGGAGAGAUGAGCAUCUCCAGGCUGCGGGACCCCGUGCAGCUCACCUUCACCCAUAGGCGGCUGCCCCACGGUGUCACCCCACAAUGUGUCUUCUGGGAUCCCAGCAAAGGGCAGGCAGGAGGCUGGAGCAGCAGCGGAUGUGUCACGCAGCCUGGGGACAAGGGGACAGUCUCCACCUGCGACCAUCUCACCUUCUUCACCCUCCUCCUGAACCCAGCUCUGGAUGGGUCCACAGCACAAGCCCUGAUGGCUAUUGCCACUGCUGGCUGCAGGGUAGCCAUGGCUUGCUUCACCAUCACCAUCACCUUCUGCAUCUUCUUCAGGUAG